AUGUCGAGUAAAUAUUCCACCAUUAUAUUCAAUGUUACACUUCAAAAGGGGACAAAAAUACCAUUUGAAAUAAAUGUACGCCUGUAUGACCUACAUUUGAGACAAUAUAUUAACAUUCCUGAAGGAUUAAUUUCUACUAAAAUACGUCAUCAUCAAGUGAAUCCAGAUGUACUAUGGAAUGACUAUUUACAUUCAAACGGUACCACUCAACUUUUCUCAUCUGAUUUGUUAAUAAAACAAAGCGUUGAGUUAUCAACAUUCGAUAUGUUCACUAUUCAACUCAAUAAAUUAAAACCUCGAUUUCAACUAGGAGAUAAAAUAAGUAAUAUACACUUGGAUUCAUCACAGUCAUAUAUAUUAAUAAAAUUUCAUUUAAUAGCAAUGUACGGAUUAGAAGAAAUGAAUUUAAAUAGUAUACCAUUGAAAAUCUCAUAUAAAUCUGAAUUAAAUUUGACUGAAUGCAAUUUUAUGCAAAACCUUAAGAAAUGUAAUAAACAAGAACACCCUUUAAUUGAUUGGUCUGAAUGUUCUCAGUUAAUACAACUGGCCCAACCAGUUUGCAUUCCAGCGAAUGAAUGCAGUUCCGAUUUGAGUUUUAAGAACAUAAGUUGGAGUCCAAUACAUUCAGUGAUGAGUACGCAAAGUUAUAAAAAUUCAUUGACUGUAGUUAAUAAAUCGCUUAUAAAAAUUAUAGAAUAUGGACAUCCAAAUGAACAACAACAAGUGAUUCGAUUGAAAUUAAUUAAUUUGGGUCCAACUAAGUCAACUGGACUUCAUAUUUUGACUCGUUUUUAUAAUUGGUACCUAGUAGAUGAUGAAAACCUGACUUUAACUAACGGUAUUCAAGGUAAAAUCACUCAGAUAAAUAUUAAGAAGUUAUCAAAAAAUGAAACAAGUUCAAUAAAUCUCAUUAAUUUAACAGACUCAAAAAUAUGGACUAUUAAUAUAGAUGAAAAUGGUUUAUUUGCACUAGUUUCAUUAUCUCCAUAUUUAUGGAUUUAUCCCAAUGAAAUCAUACAAAUUGAUAUAUAUGUGUUUAUUCAAGGUCUGUUGUCAUUGCCGACUCUAUCAACAGGUCAAAAAUUGAAAAGUGAUACUAUGUCAUUUAGUUAUUCAAAUAUGAAUUAUAAAUAUCCGCCAAAAUUUGAAAUUCAAGUAACAUCAGAAACAAAUGAUAAACAAAAAGAAAACAAUUUAGUAAGUAUAUCAUAUAGAAUUCUGUAUAAACCAGUGGUGAAUAUUUUUGCGGGUAUACAACCAUCAACUAUAAUUGAUGACAGGUUGGAGCCUUAUGUCAUUGAACAAAACACAAUAUCACGUAAAAUAUUUUCGUAUGAUAUUGGACCACGAAUUGAACAUACGUUUCUUAUCGAAAAUCAAGGAUGGAUAACUCUUACUAAUCUAAGCUUAAUCUUACAACUACCAUAUGAAACAACUAACGGUCAUAGAUUACUUUAUUUAACUGAUCAAAUUCGUGAAGCGUCAUACACUAAUCAAACAACUCUGUUGAGGAAUAUUUUACCAACUAUAAUCGGUUCCGAUGGGAAACAAUAUGGUACUUGUGAAAUGCCGAAAAAAUUCAUUAACCCAUUAGAGCUUACAUUGAUGGAUUUCAAAUUUAUCAAUGAAAAAACACGAAAAGUUGCAAAUAAUUCACUUGUCAAAUUUACAAAACGCAUUAAACGAGAAAUUGAAAAGUCCAAUAAAUUAUCAGUAUCUUAUUCUCCAAACAUACAAAAAUUCAUACCAAAUUUAAUACCUGAUUUACAACGAACAUAUAAAAAUAGAAUCAUAUUAAAUUGUCCACAUUUAAAACAUUUAAGAAAUAAUAUUGAAACUAUAGAAAAUAACUAUUUAAUAAAAUGUAUCAACAUUCAAUGUCAUAUAAAACAUUUUAAACAUGGUGAUACAGUAAGAUUAAAAUGGAUUGGAUGGUUAUGGGCUGAAACAUUUUUCAAACUAAAAAAAUCUGAUAUACAAUUUAUAAGUAGAUUAAACAUUGAUCAUUGGGGUGAAUUACCUUUAAUUAUUAAAGCUUAUUAUAAUAUAGAAAAAAAUCUUUCACAAAAUCAAAGUUAUACAAUAAAUACUGACAAUAAGUUUAUGAAUAUCAAAUAUUCAUCUGAUAAUUAUUUUGAACUUAAACAAUCAAUCAUUUUUCAUGGUGUUCAAUUGAAAAUAACUCAUAAAGUACCAUUAUGGCCAAUGAUAGCCGGUUCAAUUGUUGGUUUAUGGAUUUUAAUGAUUUUAAGUGCAUUAUUAUAUUGUUGUGGAUUUUUCACCAGACGAAAAAAAUAUUCUACAUUAAAAACAAGAAAUAUUUCAUUUUCCCAUGAAAAUAAUCAUCAUCAUGAAAAGAAUCAUGAUAACAAUAGUACUAAUAAUCAUUGUCUUUUAAAACUACCAAUACCGAUAAAAAAGAAUCAGUUUGAAUUCGAUAACAAUGUAGAAACGGGUCAAUCCAAUUUCAAUGAUAAAUUACUUUCACAUGAACAUGUUAAAAAGAAUAAUUUACAAAUGAUCAAUAAUGAAUAUCAACAGAACUUAUUUAAAACAUUGAUAGAAUCUAAUGAGCCCAAUGAAAAUGAUGAUUGUUUUAGUCCAUUAUUAAACCAAUCAAAAUUUCUAUUAUCUGAACAACAUCAAUCACAACAAUUAGAAGCUAUUGAAGAAGAUAAAGAAUCAUCUAAAUCAUCAAUUUCUCUUAGCAACAAUUUUUAAUUAUGAAGAUAUGAGAAUUUUUUUUGAAAAACAAAAAAAACUAAUCAUAGGUCUUAAAAAAUUCUAAACA